AUGGCAGACAUGCAAAUUGUUCUAGCUUCCAAUUGCAAGAAUGUUGAGGCACAGUAUGUGGAGAUGAUGGUUCCUCUUUAUUCCCAUGGAUGUGAGAAGAAAAUGAAGAAGAACUUAUCCCAUUUCAAAGGAAUUUACUCCGUAAAUGUAGAUUAUUAUCAACAAAAGGUGACUGUGUGGGGAAUAUGCAACAAAUAUGAUGUACUAGCGACCAUAAAGAGCAAAAGAAAGGAAGCUCGCUUUUGGAAUCCCCAAGACAACCUUGAAAUGGUGGAGGAAGAAGAUGAAGAAUCACGACGACCACCACCAAAAGACUCUAAUAAUUAUAUUCCUUCUUUGACUCUAAUGAAGGCUCGUUCUUUAACUCGUUCCUUAAGUUGGAAAACUGAUAACAAUGAUUUCAUUGGCCAUUUUGAGGCAAACAAAUUUCUGCCUGUUAGGCCAUUGACCAACGUUAGACUUGAUGAGAUGAUGAGUUAUGGGGUUUCAUUUGGUUAUAAUAAUGGAGGUGGAUCAUCUUCCUCUUCAAAUUUAUCAGCUUCAGCCCCGCCUUUCACUGUGGAUAGGUCUGUAGCAAAACCCCUUUUGGAUUUAACUGAACCCACUUAUCCUGUUAGCUUGAAUUCCUCUUUACACAAUUGGGUUACCUCUAACUCUCACAGUCCCAAUUCUAGACCUGAUCUUUUCCCCAUUACAAACCUGGAAUUUGAUUCCUUGCCUUCCGCAAAUGCGUUUGCAUACUCAUCACCAACUUCCCAUGUGCCAUCUAUGAACCACCCUCUUGUUUCGGCUUCAACUGAUGCUGUUUUGUAUGGUCAAAGUAAUCCUAGCAUUGUUGAAGCUGAACCCUAUUAUCCGUCAUCAUACGUUUCGCCAGCAAUUGGUAGCGAUGUUCCCUUGAAGAUGCCCCACCAAUCUGGUUAUGAAUUGUUGGCUACCUCUCAUGUUGGAACGUCUAAUGGAUCGUCUCGUGAUGAUUAUCCUCAAAGCUUGGUGGGUUUGGAUCAUCCGACACACUGGAGUGGCUUGUGGGAGGGAGUUACUGAUGGGCAUCAGAGCAAAAAAAUGCAACUUGAUGGAGGUUUUUGUGUGAAGGAGAAUUUCAUUAAUCAAGGGUUUUCUUCGUUCAAGGAUAUGAGCAAAUGGGAAGAAACUUCACUUGGAAUUGACGUGGUUGGUAGGCAAACGCACACUGAGUCUGCAAGCACAGGACCGCUGGAUUAUAAAGCCUUCCUUGGUGAAAAGCCCAAGUUCAUGCAAACUGAUUAUUCAACACCACCAUCAUUGGUAUUCCCUUCAGUAGCACCACAAGCCUAUCCUCAGGUACCAUCGUCAAGUGUAGUCAAUUCUCCAAACAAUCAAAUGCCACAUGUCGCUUCAUAUGGCAAAUCCUCAAGGAAGCGUGAUGCUAGUCCAAAUGAUAGGAUGCCGAUGAUGAAGCCUUCACCUGCUGUUGUCAUUAGACCCCCAGGGCAAGAUACAUUUUCACUUAAAAAUAUGAAUACUGGUAGUGGUGUUGAUGAGAAGGAUUUUGCUGGCAAUGACCCCUCUUUUGUGCAAGAGCCUAAUCCAUUUAUUAGCUCAGGAGGCAAAGUUUGCUAUGAUUCUAGCCAAAUUAAUUUUCAUCUGAAACGAAAUGAUGAUUGCUUUGCAGAAAUUUCCUCUAAAAGCAAUGAAGAGUUGCCAAGCAACAAAAAUAUUUCUGUGGAUUUCUUGGAUCAACUUUUCAGAGGAAAAAUGGACAGUAAAGUUCCUCAUAGAAAUCUAGAUUUCUUCAAUUUGGCUAUGGAUGGUCAUGAUGCUGUUGGUUCUGUAGAGAAUACUUCUGAAAGUUUGGAUCAUUACAACCCUGCUCUGGACUCGCCAUGCUGGAAAGGGGCUCCACUUUCUCAUCUAUCUGCAUUUGAAGUUUCUGAGGUGUUGACUCCACAGAAUCCAAAAAAGGUAGAAGCUUGCAAUGGCGUGAAUCCUCAAGGCCCUCAAAUCUCCCCUACCGCCACUAAUGAUGCUGAAAAAGCCUGCCCUGAAAAACAAAGUAAUAUCUCUGUGCCCCUCAAUCAUGAGAAUCUGGAACAUCGUCCAGUCUCUUCUUUUAAGAAGCCUUUAGUUGCUAAUGUGUUAUUUGGAGAAGAAAUUGAUGAUGCUGGGAAAUAUGGACCCUACCAGAGGAAACCAAGCUAUUGCCCUGAAGCUCAAAUUUCUGAUGUCAUUGAUGAACCUAGGAAAGAAAGUAUCCUGUCUGAUUUUACCCCUCUGCAAACUAAGCAGCAAAGUCUGGAAGUAGAUGGAUGGCAAUCUAAGAAAAAUUCUGAUGUUGCAGAUGUUAGGAGGAAAAUCAAUGAUGACCCUGAUGAUUGUUCAUCUCAUGUACCGUUCCAUGCUAUAGAACAGGUCUUAUGUUCACCACCUUCAUCAGAACAUGCUCCUGCUCAGCACACCCAAUCACAGGGUGGAGAAUCAUUGUCAAAGAUGCAUGCACGAACGCUUGUUGAUACCAUGCACAACCUCUCAGAAUUGCUUCUAUUUUACUCUUCAAAUGACAUGUCUGAGUUGAAGGAUGAAGACUUUGAUGCUAUUAAAGAUGUGAUCAAUAAUCUUAAUAUCUGUGUAUCGAAGAAUUCGCAAAGGAAGAAUUCAACUCAAGAAUCAUUGAUUCCUCAGCAAGCCACUUCUCAAUUUUCUGGAAAGUUAUCUGAGCCUUUCAAGGUAUUUCAUUAUUUUGUUUAA